AAUGGCUGUCCUUUGGACACACCAUCUCCUAUCUCUGCAUCUCUCGUCCUCUACUCUUCCUUUCUAUUUAGGUUAGAACUCUCUCUCUCUCUCUCUCUCUCUCUCCAAUGGCAGCAGCUAUUCACUCUCAUGCAGUCGCCUCUCCCAUUUAUCGCUGCCCUCCGCAGCGUCGCUUUCUUGCAGGCUUGAUAUCUUUACCUAUGUUUGCCUGUCAAAGCAUGCACUCCUCAUUCAAUGGACAAUCCUUGCCAUUCCGUAAUGCACGCAGGGCCCAGUUAGGAGGAACCCCCCAAAUGUCUAGACCAAUAACGAUGAUGGUCAGGCCCGCAAUUCAGUUCAUUCAAGGAACGGAUGAGCAGACAAUACCAGACGUGAGGCUCACUAAAUCACGAGAUGGUUCAAAUGGUGUUGCAACAUUUGUUUUUGAGGAGCCCUCGGUGUUUGAUUCAUCAGGUGAACUCGGUGAUAUCACAGGCUUCUACAUGAUCGAUGAGGAAGGGACACUUCAAUCAGUUGAUGUCAAUGCAAAGUUCAUCAAUGGAAAACCUGCAAGAAUAGAAGCGAAGUACAUAAUGCGGAGCCCACGAGAGUGGGACAGGUUCAUGAGGUUCAUGGAAAGGUACUCAAAUGAGAACGGGUUGCAGUUCGUCAAGAAAUGAGGCAGUGUACAUACUUCACCCUCUCCUUCAUUUAAUUCGCAGUAUGUAGAAUUUAUGUAAGUAGAUCAUCUGGAGCUUAAAAGUUUUGAUUGAUUGCUGCCCUUGUAGUUUUGAUGCAAGGAUAAUCUGCUUCAUCCUGUUUCAA